AUGUCUGACAGACAAUGUGUUGGUGAAAGCAGCAGUGUGAAUAAUCAAGAAGAGCAUUAUGACGCUGAUUCUGCAAGUGAAGAAGUUGUGGCUGAAUCAAGUGGCAGUUAUGUUGAAACAUUUAAACCAACAUCAUCUAUGUCAACAAGUACAGAGCUUGACCUAGAAUCCUGUCUCACGGAAAAACCAACUUCAUUACUCGAGGUUGAGGAGGAAGAAGAAGUGGAGGUUUCUCUAGAGGAAGAAGUAAUGGAGGUUUCUACUGAGAAAGACAUAGUGGAUGUUUCUUCAGAUGAAGAAAUAGUGGAAACCGCAUAUAUUGACCUGAAUGAUCCUGCAGUUUGGCCUGUACCACUUCCUGAUACCGUAUUCUUCAGUGUCAUACAGAAGGGACUAGCACAUGUGAUAAAGGACAAUUCCAAUUUUCCUAAAGACAACCACAACCACUACUUUAGAUCCUUCUAUUACGCAAGAAUCCUAAAGAACAAUGAAAAACAGGACAGACGUUGGCUGGUAUAUUCUUGUUGCAAGGGUUGUGUGUUUUGCUUUGAUUGCAAACUGUUUUCAACAACAAAGGCAGGCAUUGCAAAUCAAGGUAUCUGUGACAGGAAGAACCUCAGCAACAUCUUACGUCAACAUGAGAACAGCCGAGAUCAUAUGUCCUGCUCCUUGCAAUGGAGUGAAACCGAAAACAGAUUUAAAACUGGCAGAACUAUUGAUAGUGUCUCACAGAGACAAAUUAAUGAAGAGAAGCAAUACUGGCGGAAUGUGCUUGAAAGGCUACUGGCUAUCACACAGUUUUUAGCAACACAUAAUCUUGCUUUCCGAGGACAUACUGAAAAUUUGGACUCAAUUCACUGUGGUAAUUUUAUAGACUUAGUUAAAUUGUUGGGAAAUUUUGAUGGAGUGAUGCAGAAACAUAUGAAAUGUGCUGCUAGUAAAGAAAUAAAAACACAUUAUCAUGGAAAGACAAUACAGAACGAGCUCAUUGAACUCAUGGGUCAGAAUGUGGUAAAGGAAAUUGUACAACGUGUCAAAAACAACAAAUAUUAUUCCGUUAUUCUUGACUGCACACAUGACCUUAAUCACAUUGAACAAAUGUCUUUGAUAUUGCGCUUUGUCAAUGCUAGCGGUUGUGUAGAGGAGCAUUUCACUGGAUUUAUGGCUGUUCAGGAAACAACUGGCUUGGACCGAGCAAAUAAUCUUCAACAAGCACUAAACAUCUUGGCUUGGGUUUGA